GCGGAGUCUCGCAGGUGGCGGCCUGCGCCUGUGUGCUGUAGAAGCCAGGUUAAGUUACCGGUGAAAGGGAGUGGAUGUGUGUUGUUGGAGACUCCUUUUCCUAGACACGCAUUGUUAGGAGUGAAACAUCGACAUGGGGAAGGAGAAGAGUAGAGACGUCACAGCUUCCGUGGAGGCGCUGGAAGAAGAGGAGGAGGAGAGAGGCACAUGGGGCAACCAAUGUGAGUUUUUCCUCUCCUGCCUCGGGUACGCCGUGGGCUUCGGGAACGUGUGGAGAUUCCCCUACCUGGCCUACAAGAAUGGUGGAGCGGCGUUCCUCAUCCCCUACGUCACCAUGCUGCUGUGUGCCGGGUUGCCUCUUUUCUUCAUGGAGCUGGCGCUUGGGCAGUACGCCAGCCUGGGUCCCAACAUUCUUUUCCCCAAGGUGGCGCCGAUCUUUGCAGGACUGGGCUGGGCCAUGAUUGUGGUGUCUGCGCUGGUGGCGAUUUAUUACAACAUCAUCCUUGCCUGGACUCUAUUCUACACCUUUGCCUCCUUCACAAGCGUGCUGCCCUGGAGUCACUGCGAUAACAGCUUCAACAGUCACCUUUGCUUUACGGAGGACGAGGCAAGGGAAUGCAGAAACGCGACCCUCUAUUACUAUAACAAGACCUGUGUGGACAUCGAUGAAUACUGUGGGUUGGCGCAGCAAACCGUGUUCAACUCAACCCACUGUUUGAAUUCAACUGGGGAUCCAAAUAAUGCUGAAGGCGUUUUAGACAAAAUUAGUGCCAGCGAAGAUUAUUACAAGAACCGUAUGUUAGGUGUGACAGGGAAGACGUGGGAGGACAUGGGCGAAAUGAGAUGGGAGCUGGUGGGGUGUCUGGCACUGGCAUGGCUCAUCGUGUAUGCCUGCAUGGUGAAGGGCGUGAAGAGUUCCGGCAAGGUGGUCUACUUCACCGCCCUGUUUCCCUAUGUCGUCCUUAUCAUUCUCUUUGGAAGAGGCGUGACACUAGAAGGAGCCUACGAAGGAAUCAAGUUCUAUUUUCUCAAUCCGGACUGGUCCCGCGUUUUGAAUAUUGAAGUGUGGAACGACGCCGCCACCCAGAUCUUCUAUUCACUGGGGUCGUCCUUCGGUGGGCUCAUAACCUUGGCUUCGUACAACAAAUUCAAGAACAACUGUAUGAGAGACGCCAUCAUAAUCGCUUUCGCCAACUGCUCGACGUCAGUGUUCGCUGGUUUCGUCAUCUUCAGCAUCUUGGGUUUCCUGGCCCAUGAGUUAGGUGUGGAAGUGAAGGACGUGGUAGAUUCAGGGUCUGGCCUGGCUUUCGUGGUGUACCCGGCCGCCGUGACGCGCAUGCCUGUGCCGCCCCUCUGGUCUCUGCUUUUCUUCGCCAUGCUCAUCACCCUCGGCCUCGACUCUCAGUUCACGAUGGUGGAAACGCUGACCACAGCACUGUUCGACCAGUUUGAAUUCCUGCGGGCCAAAAAGCCGCUGGUGGUGGGCUUGAUGUGCCUCGUGUUGUUCCUUUGCGGUCUCACGAUGUGUCUCGAGGGUGGCAUAUAUAUGUUCGAGCUCUUCAAUUGGUAUUCCGCCAGCAUCUCUGUCAUCAUCCUUGCCAUUAGUGAAAUUGUACUUAUACAGUAUAUCUACGGAUUUAAGAAUUUCAUGAGAAAUAUUAGAGAAGAAAUGGGUAUUUACAUGCCCGCACCGCUGUAUAUGUACUGGACAGCGACGUGGCUCGUCAUUACUCCCGUCGCUCUUAAGCUCAUUCUGUUCUUCUCGUGUUACUACUUCGUGCCGGCGUAUUUUGGCCAGUACGUAUACCCGGCAAACAUCCAAGCGCUGGGCUGGUGCAUCUGCUUCGGUUCCGUGGUGUUCAUUCCUUUGGGCGCUCUUUAUGUUCUUCUGAAGGGUGACAAGAAGUGGAGGGAGCUUGUGAGGGCCUCGCCAGACUUCUGUCCUGGACACGUUAGGAAGCUGAGGGAAAAAGAAGCUGCUGCCACUAAGGGCCAGCCCGAUGGGGUCUUCCGGUAUACUUAUGACAAUGAAGGUUUUCAGGAACCCACUGCCAAGGUGUAUCCAAAGAUACCCAAGGAGACGCCACCUCCGUACUCCAACCACAUGUGAAGGGUGAAGUGCUCUUGUCCCUCCAACGUAUCAUUGUCUCACGGGGCUGCGACGGCUAGCCUCCUGACAUGUUUUUCACAAGUCUGGUAGAAUUUAGGACACAAUGCAUCGUAUUUUUUAUUCAAUAAUUUUUAUUGUGCAUGUCUUCAAAUUCAAACGCUUGUUUCAUCUGAAGCAUGCAUACCUACCUGUUUUAGCCACACUCAAAAGAUAGGGCAAAAAAAAAAAAAACAGUAUUAGUACGAGUCUCAUAGUAUAUUACUUGUGUAUUUAUUUGUUAAAUGCUCGUUCGUCACAAUACGAGGUUAACUGUUUCAUAGAUUAGUGCUAAUUAUUUUCGUCACAAAACAUGUUAUCCGCAUGGUCGCAUGUCUACGUUCAUGAAAGUCUCUAAGAGUGUUCGGUAUCAGCUACGCAUCUACUUGAUGUAAAGUAGUCACUCAGGGAGUGGUGAGUCUCAUACCUGGGAACCUGGAAUCCUGCUACUAACAAUUUGCCUCGUUGAAAAGGUGACCAGACUUUCAUGACGCACUGAGAGCACCACCUUUUAAUGCUUAGAUAUGUGGCAUUGCCGAUGAUCCUUCGGUUUGAGGGAUGACAAUUUCUGGCAAACUUAAUGGAUCAGAAGCAGCAAAUAGGUAAAUUACUCGCAUAAUUAAAGUCCUAAUGUAGAAUGUUUAUAUUAGCAUGGAAAGACAAGCGGCAAAUUGCAUGAACUAAUAAUAAUGCAGCCACAGCAUCCUGGUGUCUUGCAUGAAUACAAUGCUGAGCUCACAACCCUGCAGCAGACCUGAAAUAUGUAACAAACACACAAGGCGGGAUUAUUUUGUGCAUCGCCUGUUCUUGUGGUACAUGUUCUGUUGAUUAUAUGCUGAGGCGGCACUACUUUCAUUAAUUGAUUUUAACUUAUUUUUUAAAUAUU